CUUACUUUCUCUCUCUAGAUCACAACCACCGCUACCGCCACUACCACCACCGGGCCACCGUUAACUACAAUUCUGAUGGCCGUUGAAGCUUUGAAUUCUCCAACUACGGCAACCACACCUCUAUUCAGGCAAGAUUCCGGUAGGUAUUUGGAGUCAUGGACCAAAGGGAAAAGAACAAAAAGACCACGAGUGGAUCAACCACCGUCGGAGGAAGAGUAUCUUGCUUUCUGUCUUAUGCUACUAGCACGCGGCGGCCGUCCUGAUUCUGCCUCCGGGUCACCGCCGCUGCACCGGGAGAACUCGCCGGCGCUUAGUAUUGUCCCGCCGCAGACGCAACUUGUUUACAAGUGUAGUGUUUGUGAUAAGGCUUUUGGGUCUUACCAAGCUCUUGGUGGACACAAAGCUAGUCACCGGAAAAACAAUCCGGCUGCCGUCGUAGCUGACAUCGAACAAGCGGCUGCCUCCACCUCCACCGCCAGUGCCACCCAUAGUGGAGUCGGUGGCGGAAGGAGUCACGAGUGCUCUAUCUGCCACAGGUGUUUCCCCACCGGACAAGCGUUGGGUGGACACAAGCGGCGYCACUAUGAAGGGGUUAUCGGCGGCGGUCGUGCCACCAGCAGCGGCGUCACCUCAUCGGAAGGCGUUGGUUCCACCAACAGUCAACGCGCGUUUGACCUCAACCUCCCUGCCAUGCCGGAAUUUCUUCCGGGAUUCGCCGACGACGAGGUGGAAAGCCCUCAUCCCGCCAAAAAGUCGCGACUUUUUCCGCCGGUGAAGCUCGAAAUCGCCACCCGCCAUUAAAUUACCGAUUACAGAUUCUGGGUUUUCGAUUUUAGGAGAUUUAUGAUUAGAAAUUCGUUGCAAGAUUGUUGGAGUAGAAUCAUUUUGAUACAGAAAUCGUUCCAUGUAAAUAAAAGUUGAAUUUGAUUAAUUUUUUUGCAAUUCGAGUGAUGGAUCACGAUUGUUCUACGAUUCACCGGAAUAUCUUGUAUUUUACGCAAUCUUCACAAUUGCGUGGCGUAUAAUCAAUUGACCAUCGUGAUCCUCAACCGAAAUUUGGGGUAAAA